UGAAUCUAUUUUUAGACUGCCGCCCCGUGGCUCGCUUUCUCACGUUAAUAUUUUGUUUGUAUAAAGAAGGAUAUAAAGAAUGUCAACUCAGAGGAGAAAAACUGACUCGAGAGCUUCUAAAAAUGAACCAGAAGCACCGUCAUUACCAUCAGUAUGGGCACGAGCGUUUACGAGCAAUUCAGAAUGGCCAGAAAAGGAUGAAUUACUGGAUGUUAUUUAUUGGGGGAGACAAAUUGUAGGAGUUAUAUUUGGCCUUUUAUGGGGCAUAAUACCAAUGAAAGGAAUUGUUGGGCUAGCAUUGUUUUGUGCUAUUAAUGCUGGGAUUUUGUACAUAUACUUUAUGAGUUUUCAAAAGAUUGAUGAUGAAGACUUUGGAGGGGCCUGGGAACUUACUAAAGAGGGCUUUAUGACUUCAUUUGCAUUAUUUUUAAUUGUUUGGAUAAUAGUAUAUUCUGCAAUAUACUUCGACUAGCAGAUAAAAAGAUUAUGACUGUAAUGAGAUGGUUACAACUUUCAGAAAUGUUAACAGACUAGCAUCCUAUUUUGAUAUAUUGUGCAUGUUUACAACAACUGUUGGUAUCAACCAGGCAAAUUCAGGUGGUACAACAGUGAAUGAGAGGAAGACAAAGAAAGCAACCGGAUGAGAAAUCAUGAAUCCUAUGCGACGAGCAAACUUGGAGUUUAAAGAGAAGUGAUUGAAGAAAUAUAUUGUAAAAUACAGUACAGUAUUAUAUAAUUUGAUGCUGAAUAAUCAAGAAUGUGCUAUUCUGAUAUUCAACAUGCAGUUAAACUUGCCUAAGUCGACCUUAUUUCACAUGCCAAAUUGCUAUGUUUUCCAUUAAUUAACAAUCUGUAAGUCAAAUUUUAUCUAAGUGGAACAAUAUUUCAAUGGCAUUUUGGAUUUAACUGUACAAUAUUGUAACAAGAGUUUGGAAUAUUAUGCACAGAAAUACAGCAUA